AACCAACGGGAGGUCCAGAAGUGGCACCAAGAGGUGCAACAGCUGGACUUGCCGACCGCACUGGCCCGCUUCCCGUUCGUGAAGGUGCAGAAUGCACACGAGACCGACAAGGUGAAGAUCCUACUCGUGAACGAGCCCCCGCUCAAAGCGUUGACCGACUGCUUGGAGCAGCUAGGGGCGGUCAAAAAGGUGGGGGUCGCCCCCAUGAACCACCUCGAGCGUGUCUUCCAGACCUUCCUGAGUGGGGGCGAGAUGGAGUGA